AUGUCUACGGCGACGGAGACACUCCUCAUUGACAACUAUGACUCGUUCACCUUCAAUCUCUACCAGUCGCUCUGUAAUCUCGGCGCGACCGUACGAGUCGUUCGAAAUUCCGAGUUGUCACCAAAAGACUUGCCAAACUUGAACAUCCGCAACCUCAUUAUUUCCCCCGGUCCUGGCCAUCCAAAGACGGACGGUGGCAUCUCCCAAGCGGCGAUCCAGUACUUCUCUGGCAAGGUCCCCAUCCUUGGGGUCUGCAUGGGUCUCGAGUGCAUCGUUGACUCACUCGGGGGAGAAAUUUCUUACGCCGGAGAAAUUAUGCAUGGCAAGACGAGCAAAAUCCGGCACGACGAGCGUGGCUGCUUCAAAGAUCUUCCGCAAGGGUUUCUGUCCACGCGAUACCAUAGUCUCAGCGCCCAUAUCAAAUCUCUCCCAGACCAACUCGCCAUCUGUGCCUUUACAGAGGAGAGCGGCGUCGUAAUGGGGGUUCGCCACCGGGAAUACACCCUCGAGGCCGUACAAUACCAUCCGGAGAGCAUCUUGUCAGAGUACGGUGACGAGUAUCUCAAAAACUUUCUCUCACUCCGUGGAGGAACGUGGGAUGAAAACCCAAGCUUUGGCGUGCUGGACACGCAGUUGCCCCCCUUCACCUAUGAACCAAACGGUGUCCCAAUGGCCGCCAAGCUCCCUUCAAUACUCGAGACGAUACAAAAGCAGCGCCUCUUAGAUAUCGACACUGCCCAGAAGACUCCAGGGUCCACCUCUGAGGACUUGAGGGCAUCUCUGGCACUGCACCUGGAUCCACCGCUCGUUAAUCUUAUUGAACGACUCGGAAGGAGCGAGAAUACAGCUCUCAUGGCCGAAAUAAAGCGGGCUUCUCCAUCCAAGGGCGCGAUAGCCCUCCAUAUCAAUGCGCCUUCUCAAGCGCUCAAGUAUGCAUUGGCGGGUGCUUCAGUCAUCUCGGUACUGACGGAACCCAAGUGGUUCAAGGGUUCACUACUGGACAUGCGACUGGCCCGCCAAGCCGUCGACCAGCUCCCUAACCGACCCGCCAUCCUGCGCAAGGACUUUAUUCUCGACGAAUACCAAAUCAUGGAGGCUAGAAUAUACGGUGCAGACACCGUUCUUCUCAUCGUCGCCAUGCUUCCUGUGGCUCGACUAGCAUCACUCAUGAAGUUUUCGAGGUCACUUGGUAUGGAACCACUUGUCGAGGUCAACAAUACAGAGGAGAUGAACGCAGCUCUCGAACUGGGUGCAAAAGUGAUAGGUGUGAACAAUCGAAAUCUUCACACAUUCCAGGUCGACAUGCAGACGACGACGCGUUUGGCGGACAUGUGCAAGGGCAAAGACGUCAUCCUGUGCGCUCUUAGUGGGAUCAAUGGCCGAAAAGAUGUAUUGGAAUACAUCGAGCAGGGUGUGAAAGCCGUUUUAGUCGGGGAGGCGCUCAUGAGAGCCGCCGAGCCAAAGGAAUUCAUUCAAGAGCUACUCGAUCUUCCACCGACAGUUCCGUCUAAACAAAGACAGACACUCGUUAAAAUCUGCGGCAUUCGUGCGCCAGAGGAUGCAUUGGCAGCCGCCGAAGCCGGUGCAGAUUUCAUUGGGCUUAUUUUCGCAAACAGUCGUCGACGUGUGUCAAUCGAGACGGCGAUCGAGAUUGCCACCGUCGUCCAAACGCUGCGAGCGGAAAAGCCGAUCCCACCCCCUCAACCCAUGGCUGCUCCACUGCCUUGGUUCAGCCAAAAUGCACAAGCAAUCGAGCCCAUCCGUAAACCGCUCCUCGUCGGCGUCUUCCAAGACCAGCCGCUAGAAGAGAUUCUGGCCGUCGUGGCUGCGGUCGGAUUGGAUCUCGUACAGUUGCAUGGUUCCGAGGCACCCGAGUUGGCCAAAUUCAUUCCUGUCCCUGUGAUCAAAGUCAUUCACGCACAGGCCAACGAUACCGCCGAAUCCUUGGCUGGCAUCUCUCGACCGGGUUUGCAUCAAUUCACGCUGUUGGAAGCGACACGGCCUGGAGAAAAAGUAUCUGGUGGUUCGGGUAUCACGGUCAACUUGGACCUCGCCAAAGAGCUUAUGCAAAGAGGCGAGGCUGGUGGAAGCGCUCCACUGCCUCUGAUAUUGGCUGGCGGCUUGAGUGCAGAUACAGUCGCCAAGGUCGUGAAAUACGUAAAACCAUGGGCUGUGGAUGUGAGCGGGGGCGUAGAGACGGAUGGACGAAAGGACGUGGCAAAGAUCAAACGAUUCAUCGAAGCAGCAAAGUCGGUGGCAUAG